AAUAUAUGGUCCUUACUAAUUCAACUCAAAUAACUGUAUUAAGGUUUUCAUAUCAGAAAAAAGAGAAUGGAAACCAAAUAAGAUUCAAUCACACUCAAUUACUAAAAUUCAGGAUCUUCUACACAUCUGAAUGCCAAAAAUGCGAAACUGUGUAUUGUGUACCAUCCUAUAAGUUGCUGGCUGGACUUGUAUGUGUUGUAGAUUCAGAAAAUGAAGAGCCAUCCAUGUUUCUUGUCUGUGCUGUAGAUUCAACUUCAAAGACUCCUAUGCCAACUCACAUUACCACUAGCACCAUUGAUCUUGUCCUCUUUUGGUGGAUUGAUUUGCAAGCGAUUCUAUCAGUUCUUCCUCUUCCUCUGAGUCAAGGAGUCCUGCUAUCCCUUCUCCAACAGCUAGCAUGCGAUAUUGGAAACAAUACCUCCCAGAAGCUAGAUUGGAUGGUAGACAUUGUUGUUGCUAUAGAUCCAGUGGACCCAACAAUUGCGGCGCACAGGCGGCCAAUAUUUGAACAGGUUCAUCAGAUAUUGGACCACCAGCGGGUGCUCCCGACCACCACCACAGCUGAAAGAAGCAGCAUCCCCCUCAUAAUGUGUGCAAUCAAUUCAGUAUUGAAGACCUGAAAAUGACAUUUCUCUUUCUCAUUUGUACACAAACUGUUCAGGCCUUUUGGCUGUUGCAGAAGGACGUACAGAAAACAAGGAAGAGGGUGUGUGUGUGUGUAAAGAAUAGGAGAGUUUGACAAAAGUUGGGGCUCGUUUGGCACCUUUUUAAUUGGAAUGCAUUGGGAUCCAAUUCACGAUUACAAUGGAAUCCAUGUGAAUUAGAAUCCUUUGUUGAAUUUGGCAGCUUGUAAUUGGAAUGCGCUUUAAUCCCAAAAAAAAAUUG